AGGGUCCACUAAUCUUUUUAUUUAUGGCAACUGCAAUGCCAUACUCUUUUGAUCUUUCACUUACUCUCAAAUUUUGCACUUAUAUUCAUAUAAUUUUCCUCAUUCUCUUUGCUCAAAUUCAAUCUCCUUCUUCAUGGCUCAUCACUUCUUUCUCUUUCUCUUUCUCUUUCUCUUUCUUCUUCUUCCUUUGACCAAUGCCUAUUGGCCACCUUCUCCAGGCUACUGGCCAAGCUCCAAAUUCAGGUCCAUGAGCUUCUACAAAGGCUUCAGAAAUCUCUGGGGUCCUCAGCACCAAUAUGUCGACAAUAAUGCAUUAACCAUCUGGCUUGAUAGUACUUCAGGAAGUGGUUUUAAGUCAAUUAAGCCUUUCAGGUCAGGCUAUUUUGGAGCAUCCAUUAAGCUUCAACCUGGUUAUACAGCAGGAGUUAUAACAGCAUUUUAUCUUUCAAAUAGUGAGGCUCAUCCAGGGCAACAUGAUGAAGUGGACAUUGAGUUUCUGGGAACCACAUUUGGGAAGCCUUAUACUUUACAGACAAAUGUUUACAUUAGAGGAAGUGGAGAUGGAAAAAUCAUUGGGAGAGAAAUGAAAUUUCAUUUAUGGUUUGAUCCCACCAAAAAUUUUCACCAUUAUGCCGUUCUAUGGAGUCCUAAAGAUCUCAUAUUUUUUGUUGAUGAUGUGCCCAUAAGAAGGUAUCCAAGGAAGAGUGCAGCAACAUUUCCCCUAAGACCAAUGUGGGUAUAUGGUUCAAUUUGGGAUGCCUCGUCUUGGGCAACAGAAGAUGGAAAAUACAAAGUUGAUUAUAGAUACCAACCAUUUGUAGCUAAAUAUACCAAUUUCAAAGCUAGCGGUUGCACGGCCUAUGCACCCACCUGGUGUCGCCCUGUUUCUGCCUCUCCUUACCUGUCUGGCAAGCUAAGCCGGCAACAAUAUUGGGCAAUGAGAUGGGCUCAAACUCAUCAUAUGAUAUAUAAUUAUUGCAAAGAUCACAAGAGAGACCAUUCUUUAACACCGGAGUGUUGGAAGUUAAAGAAUUCUUAUGGCUUGAGCUACCCUUUCAUGAAGGAAAUUAUGUGUCGAGCCAGAGUCUAUCAGAAUGGUCAGACGUAACCAACUAUAUUGAGCUCUUACUCGCAUGGUCGGAGGGUUCAUAACCCCUGAGAGGGUGUGAAGGGAGAUCUCUGAAGGUGUAGGGUCUUCAAUGGUGGUUGACUCUAUCCCUUCUUCAGUAAUGUUAUCGGGUCUUGCUUAAUUUCUAAGAAAAAUAGGCGCUUGUAGGCGUGAUCAGCUGUGAAGCGUUCGUUGCAAUGAAAGCACAAUCCUUGUUGACGACGCUGCUGCAGUUCUAUACUUGACUUCAAAACAUUUGUGAUGUUUCAUUACAUACUAAUUUCGAGGUUUUAAUUCAUUUUCCUUUCC